UAGUGUAAGAAAAAGGAAACUAGGAGUAGUAAACAGUUCCACGCCGCCCAAGCAAUUUCAUAGAUACAUUCGCCUUGUCGGUCUUCACAAACAACAAACCCUACAAAUUUCUCUCUACCUCUAAAUUCUAGCGAAUCGAGAUGGCGUCGUUUGAUGAAGCGCCGCCUGGAAACAAGGCCGUCGGAGAGAAGAUUUUCAAGACCAAGUGCGCUCAGUGCCACACCGUCGAUAAAGGAGCUGGCCACAAACAAGGGCCUAACCUGAAUGGUCUCUUCGGAAGGCAGUCUGGAACUACAGCUGGUUACUCCUACUCUGCUGCUAACAAGAACAUGGCUGUCAUUUGGGAAGAGAAGACUCUCUAUGAUUACUUGUUGAAUCCCAAGAAGUAUAUCCCUGGCACUAAGAUGGUUUUCCCAGGAUUGAAGAAGCCUCAGGACCGUGCAGAUCUCAUUGCAUACCUGAAGGAGUCCACUGCUUAAGCGCCCAGCACUUUCCACACUUUUGUCAUUUUGCAGUUGAGAGUUGAGUAGCAAAAAAACACAAUACUCUCAAACAAAUAAUUCUUUGGACUACUUUUUGUUAUCCCCAAGGGUCAAUGCCCUACUUUGGAGACCCUCUUGUAAGAGAUAAUAGUUUGUCAGAUGGAAAUAAACCUGAGUACAUUAUGCUUUAUGCCCAUCUAGUGUAAUUAAAGGUUCAAAGCAAUGUUUGCUUGAACAUUCUUUCCAUUAA